GAUACUCUAAUUUCUCAUCGUCCUGUCUUUUGCUUUCUUACUCGGAGAAGGAAGAAUCGCAAAACCAGAAUGGCUGCCGCAGCUAUGGUUCUUGAUCCCAAAUCCUCACUGGAGCCACCGGCAUCGUUCCCAUCGAUGAGAUCUGAUCUCCAAGGCCUGGCGGAACAGUCCUCCGACGAGGAUGACCUUUACAGCCGUCUGAAAUCGCUGCAGCGGCAGUUGGAGUUCAUCGACAUUCAAGAGGAAUAUGUGAAGGAUGAACAGAAGAACUUGAAGCGCGAGCUUCUACGAGCACAGGAAGAGGUUAAAAGGAUACAGUCGGUGCCUUUGGUAAUCGGUCAAUUCAUGGAAAUGGUCGAUCAGAAUAAUGGGAUUGUUGGAUCCACAACUGGUUCCAAUUAUUAUGUCAGGAUUCUCAGCACUAUUAAUCGCGAACUUCUUAAACCCUCGGCCUCCGUAGCUUUGCACCGUCACUCUAAUGCGUUAGUCGACGUAUUGCCUCCUGAGGCCGACUCUAGUAUAUCUCUGCUCAGCCAGUCGGAGAAGCCUGACGUGACCUAUAAUGAUAUUGGUGGAUGUGAUAUCCAAAAGCAAGAGAUUCGUGAAGCAGUGGAGUUACCUCUUACUCACCAUGAACUGUACAAACAAAUUGGUAUUGAUCCUCCUCGAGGUGUUUUGCUUUAUGGUCCCCCUGGAACUGGUAAAACCAUGCUUGCUAAGGCUGUUGCUAAUCAUACAACUGCUGCCUUUAUCAGAGUUGUUGGUUCUGAAUUUGUUCAGAAGUAUUUGGGUGAGGGCCCAAGAAUGGUUCGUGAUGUUUUCCGCCUUGCUAAGGAAAAUGCCCCUGCAAUUAUCUUUAUUGAUGAGGUUGAUGCCAUAGCAACAGCCCGUUUUGAUGCUCAAACAGGAGCAGAUAGAGAAGUGCAGCGUAUUCUCAUGGAGCUUUUAAAUCAGAUGGAUGGGUUCGACCAGACAGUGAAUGUUAAGGUCAUCAUGGCAACGAAUAGGGCUGACACAUUGGAUCCUGCACUCCUACGUCCUGGAAGACUCGACAGGAAGAUAGAAUUCCCUUUACCUGAUCGCAGACAAAAGAGGCUGGUAUUUCAGGUUUGCACUGCAAAAAUGAACUUGAGUGAUGAAGUGGAUCUAGAGGAUUAUGUUUCUCGCCCGGACAAAAUCAGUGCUGCUGAGAUCGCUGCCAUCUGUCAAGAAGCUGGGAUGCACGCGGUUCGUAAGAACAGAUAUGUGAUACUCCCGAAGGAUUUCGAGAAGGGAUACAGAACCAACGUGAAGAAGCCUGAUACAGACUUUGAAUUCUACAAAUGAUCCUCAGAGGUGGAAGUGAAAUCUGGGUAGGAUGAUCAUAAUUACAGAGUGUGCUUUACUUCACCUGGAGAUGAUGGCAUAGAUAAAGGGUUGGUAUUCUCCUUGUAUCAAUCUGUUACUCCUUGCCCUGUACUCUCAAUUUUAGCGUUCAUUUAGAAUGCUGCUCUUGCUCAAACUAGAUUUGUUUGUUCUUAAUGGAAACUGCUCUAAUGUAUCCUAUCCAAGCAUUGAGUGGAAGUGUGGGUGUAAGUUAUUGGUAGUUUGGAGAUAGUUUAGGGUAGAAUGUUGUAUGUAAGCCAACAAUCACAACAAUCACAACAAUCACGACAAUCACAACA